GGCUUCGAGCGUCUCGUGACGCGCCAACGCAGUACGGGGAGCGGGGAAAGUCUACGGCUCGUGCGGAUGUUGUUCCCUGUCCCCCCUCCCGUUGUAAUGGGCUGGUCCGGGGAGGUGGGGCUGGACCUGCUGGCAGGUCUAAAAUGACUUUAAUAAAGAAGCUUCAGUGUCCUAUUUUCUAGGCAAGUGGCUAAGUUGUACCUAAGUCUGCUAAACUGAUGUACUUGUUUUGGCAUCUUUACAAGAGAGGACGACGACUCAUCAUAUUUGUGUAACACGCAGCAGUGGAGGAGUCUCCAUGAAUAAUUUAAAUGAUCCUCCAAACUGGAAUAUCCAACCUAAUCCAAGGGAUAAUGGUGGUGAUGGAAACAAAUGGAAUUAUGCUUUGUUGGUUCCAAUGCUGGGAUUGGCUGCAUUUCGUUGGAUCUGGUCCAGAGAGUCUCAGAAAGAGAUAGAAAAAGAAAAAAAAGAAUAUUACAGAAGACUAACAUCUGUACAAAGAGAUCUUGAAUCAAAAUAUCGUGACAUAAUCACACAAAAUCGUCGCACAGUCGCUCACUUGGAGUUGGAGCUUGAAAAGGAACACAACAGAACCCUGAGUUAUCGUGAAGCCCUAAUCUCCCAGAGUCGCAAAUUAGUAGAAGAAAGAAGAGUUCUAGAACAGGAACGUGAAAAGUUAGAGCAAGAAAAACAGGUUCUGCAGCACUCAGGGGCAGCAGGUGCCUUGUACCAGAGUUGUCUUGCAAAGGAAACACAAUGGCAAAAGAGAGCUAAUAUUGUAAUAAAAGAAUUUGAAGAAGCACUUUUAGAAAGACAAGAUAUCUACUGCAGUUUUGUGCUGCCCAGAAACCAGCGGCUAGAAAUAGAGAAAAAUUUGCUAGUUAGAGCAGCAACUGAUCCUGUUGCUAUGGAUAUAGAAAUGGAAAAUGGUUUAAAAGAUAUUUUUAAAUAUGAUACACAUUGUGGUAAUGUGCUGAACACAAACAAACGUCAAAAUGGAAGACUAAUGUGGCUUUAUCUCAGAUAUUGGGAACUAACUGUUGAAUUAAAAAAGUUCAAGAGAGUAGAGAAGGCCCUGUUGGAAAAAUAAUGUGUGGGGAAAGUGGUAGCAUUUCAUGCACUAUGGCACAUGUAGUAUAUAAUGACUCACUGGUAUUCUAAAGCUUCUAAUUCCCUGUAGUACAUUCAUCUAUUUUUCCCCUCCUCAUUGCAACCACAUUUGCAGUACUCCCCCAUCCAUGAGAGUGUCUCCACUGUUGGUGCCUUUCCAUUGAUGGGCCAACAACAAAUGCUCACUAAGCAGUACAGUUUACUCUGAGACUAUGUCAACUGAAAGACACGCUUUGUGUUCACAGCCAGGCUAGCAGAGAAUGCUCCCAACUCCUGAUUUCCUGCAUGGCAGUGCAUCCUCAUCUUUUUGUGCAACAAAACUCUCAGGAAAGUACUCGGAAGUGACUGUAAUAGUGAGAUUUCUUGGUAUAUUAUUUAGGCGUGAGAUGCUUUCUCUGUACCAAUGAAAAAAGUGUGCAAUCAUGUUUUCAAAUUAGAUUUGAAUUGUUUUCCAUGGUUGAUGUGCAAAUGUCACUUUAUACUACAUUAUACAUAAAAAUAUUUGCUUGAAAUACAAAGACAGAAUGUUAUUUAAAAUAAUACAGAAGGAAAAUAAAAACAAAGACUUUGAUGUUUACUGAUGUUAAUGAUAAUGAGGGCAUGAUUGGUCUUAAAUCAGGAUUACAUUUGAGUUAUAAUCUAAAAGUUGCCAUUUAAGGGGAAUUCAUACAAUGAGAAAGUAAAACAUUUAAUCACUUACUUUUCCUUUCAGGUCUCAGUUACCAGUUUGGAUUUUGCCCACAUUGGUAUUGCCCUAUUGCAUUGACUGACUGAUCUCUAAUGGGUUGAUUAUUUUAAGCCCAUCUCUAGUAGACAGAUAGCCACAUCAUAAAAGCCAUCGUCACACGCAGCAGAGAUUUCAAGAAUUGAUUGGCUGUAGAGACUAAGCAACUCCCUUAUCCUUAUAAGUAGUCCCCCCAGAUCAAGUGGGGGAUUAUUUUACCUUGGCUCAUGCACAGUGAGGAGUUGGGCAGGGAGCAAAACCAUCCCCUGGAUUGAUUUUGGGGAAAUAACUGACCAAAAGAAAUUAUGGAAUUUUCCUCCUUGACUUUCCUCAUCUGGGUAUUUCAGUCAUGGGGUAAUCAGCCCAGGAUUCUGACCUCACUGUAGAAUUAAAUAGAAGAAAUUACUUAUUCACAAAUAAAAAUAACAGUAGAGGAGUGCAGAAAAUAAAAUAUAUAGGCUUUUGUUUUUCAAGUCUGUCCUAUUUAAAGUGCCUCUUGAAAUGUUUGUUCUCUUCUGCAAAAGGAGAAAACAUUAAUCACUUACAUAAAAAAUGAGCAAAAGGAAAAUUGAUAUACAGUAACUGAGAAGUAAAGUAACUGUUUAAAUUGAUUUUGUAGAUGUGUUUAUAUCAUUGUCAAUUUCUAUUAAAUAUUAUUUACAUUGCAGCAAGAUGAGCAGUAACUGAUUAUUUCAGAAUUAAUUGUAUUGAUCUCUAGCAUUAAUGUCUAACAUUAGGUAGAAAAUGAAAUAUGCUGAAGUGACAAACUUGGGCUAAAUUUGACCUAUAAUAAAUGUUUUAUAACAACUGUCAUUUACAGAAACUAA